AUGGCUUUGACUACGAAGAACGUGAUUUUUACUUCUUUGUUGGUUCUUACAACUCUUUUUGGAGUUGCCAUCGGAGGAACCGUUCACAAGGUCGGAGACUCGAAGGGAUGGACGAUGAUAGAUGUUGAUUACGAGGCUUGGGCUUCAUCAAGAACUUUUCAAGUCGGAGACUCUUUGGUCUUCUCAUACAACAACAAUUUCCACGACGUCACUGAAGUCACUUACAAUGAUUUUCAUCUGUGUGACUCGUCUAAACCACUUGUGACAUACAAUACUGGGUCCGACUCAAUCAGUCUAACCAAACCGGGAGUCCAACAGUUCAUAUGCGGAGUUCCUGAGCACUGCGAGUCGGGGCAGAAGCUUCAAAUCCAUGUCUUGCCAGCCUUGUUGGGUCACGUCGCUGCUCCGGUUCCUGGAACUGUCCGAUCACCAAGCUCUUCCUCGUCUCCUUCACCAGCCAACGCUCCACACUGUUGGUUAAGUUUGAAGUUGACUUGAGAAAUAAGUUACACUAAUCCUAUUAGAGUUAUGAUUCUAAAGAGAUAAGGAUCAAAGAUAAGUUAGGAGUUAUCUAACUUAUGAGGUUUUUCCUAGUAAGAUUAGGUUAGGUGUUUUACUAUAUAUAUGUGUUGAGGCAUAACGCAAAUAAGUGUGG